UAACCUGAACAAACACUAAUUCCUGUCUUAGUUCAGCAAGCAGACCGACUGAGUUAUUUCGUUUUUAACUUAUUCCAUAACAUGUCAGUGUAAAAUCCACUGGAAAAAAUACAGAGUUUUUAUUUUUUUGCGGAUGGAUUCAAAGUGGAGUUUAAGGUGUGUGUCUGAAAGGUAAUCGGCGGAAGGCUCUGCCUCACCUUUCCACACAAAGGUAGUUCCUGUCUGAGAGGCAGAGAGGGUUCCGCGUCUCUCCUCUCCACCAGACGCGCCCGGCUCGCAUCAUCCGUCGGUCUCCGCCCAGCCGCUCCAUCAGCAGCUCACAUCCAGAAACCAGGGCAGAAAGGAGGAAUCACAUCGGUGGACAUCAGGAACCAUGAAGGACCGCAUGCAGGAACUUAGACAUGGCAAGGAGACAACAGAGGAAGAGGAGGAGGUUGCUGUUGGCAUGGACAAAGGCUUUAUGGAUGAAUUCUUUGAACAGGUAGAGGAGAUCCGGGGUUUUAUCGAGUCUCUGGCAGAGAAGGUUGAAGAGGUGAAGAGGAAGCACAGCGCCAUCCUUGCCUCACCUAACCCCGAUGAAAAGACCAAAGCCGAGCUAGAGGAUUUAAUGGCGGACAUCAAGAAGCUGGCCAACAAAAUACGCUCUAAAUUAAAGAGUAUUCAGCAAACUAUUGAGCAAGAAGAGGGGCAGAACAGAUCUUCAGCUGACCUAAGGAUACGAAAAACACAGCACUCCACACUGUCACGGAAAUUCGUUGAGGUGAUGUCAGAGUACAACACCACCCAGUCAGAUUACAGGGAGCGCUGCAAAGGCCGCAUUCAGAGACAGCUGGAGAUCACUGGAAGAAACACAACAAAUGAGGAAUUAGAGAGCAUGUUAGAGAGUGACAAUCCUGCUAUCUUUACCUCUGGGAUAAUAAUGGACAACAUUACCCAACAAGCGAUGAAUGAGAUCGAAACACGGCACAAUGAGAUUAUUAAGUUGGAGAACAGCAUCAGAGAACUUCACGACAUGUUCAUGGAUAUGGCCAUGUUGGUGGAGAGCCAGGGAGAGCUGGUGAACAACAUUGAGCGGUGUGUUGUGAGCACUCAGGAAUAUGUGGAGGAAGCAAAAGAGCGAAUCCCAAAAUGCAAAAAGUUCAAAAAGAGCAAGAAAAAGAAGGUGAUCCUGAUAGGAGGUUGUGUCGCACUGUGUCUCAUCAUCCUCAUUAUUGCUCUUGCAGUCGGCCUCAGUUAGGACCCUGACACUUCCUCACAGAGCGGGCAUGUGAGAGUGUCAGUGUACUGAUUAAAAACUGUCAAGCAAAUGCCAUUAGCUGCUAUAAAGGUGGCUCCAGAUUGUAGAUUUUAAAGAUGUAUUUCAUAUAAUGGCUACUUUUGACAUUGUCUGAUCGAGUCAUUUUAUAUUGCUGAAGAUAAUAGUGUUUUGUUUGCUUUUCAUAUUUUCUUAAAUAUGACUAAAUAAUGCUUAGUUUUAGAACUUCAUUCUUGACAAUUGUGUAUCAAGUUUUCUUUUCAAAACUUGACACACAAUUUAGAAAAAGGAAAUAAAAAUAUUUAAUUUUAGAGCAAUCUCAUAGUGAUGACACCCAUCUACUUUUCUAUAGGUAAGGGAAGUUUAAUCAGCAAUAAAUUCAUAGAACCAGACCAACUGCAUUACAGUACCUGCUGUCAUUAUCAAAAAUAAGUACAAAUGAUGGUCUAUUAUACCACAAACUCUGUAUAUCCACUAAAAACAUGUCUGUUGCAUUGCUUUGCGCUGCAUUGCCCAUGUUGCCAAGCUCACAUAGGAAAAACAUACAAAUCUGUAGCUCUGUUUGCUGAAAAAGACUUUUGGUGUGACCACUCCUUUAGAUAUAUAUACAAAAGAUAAGAAUGCUGUAUUAUUUUCUGUUGGCUGGACUUUAAGUUGUACCUUAUUUUUGAAGUUUUCAUAUUUUAUUGUCCGACCCUCUCAAAACAUUCCAUAUAUUGAUGAAAUAUAAUAUGCAAAUUAUUGCCUCAAUUUAUCUAUAUUAAGAGGUAGCUCAAGCUGAUUGAAUAUACAGCAAAACGUCCAUAGUUGAGCAGUCUUAUCAACUAUUAGAUAAUGUAUUAAAAGUAGAAAUAUAUAAAUUAAACAAUCCAAAUGAAAUGUUUUAAUGAAAAAGAUAUAAACAUUCCAUAUUUUGGGACAAAUGGAGUAUGUGCUAAUCUGGAACAACUCCUGGGAUAUAAGCUACUCUACUAAGCAUGCCGCCAUCACAUAAUGGAGCUGAUUACUGGAGCUGCCUUCUUGAAGUGCAUUGGUACAUCUGCUGGCCCAGGAAUAAAACUUUUCAGAAGAUUCAAAGACCAGUUGCAGCUCAUAAAUGCAGCAGAGUUUGAGUGUGCACAGAGCAAUGUUCAUACUGGAGAACAAAUUAAAGAUGUGAA